AUAUAGGGAAUGUAAGAUGCACACACAUCGUUCUUAAUUUUUCACAAAAAUCUUCGAACAAAGACAUCCCUUCCUUUCUUCCUUCUUUCCUUCCUUGUCACUGUACGUCAUCUUGGUGCUACGUCAUCACUCAAGCUGAGCAGGGAGGCUAGCUAAAGCUGCUCUCUCCUAUUGGUCGCUUCCUUGUCAUUGUAAACAUGUAGCCGCUUCCUCGGUGUUACCGUUUUGGCAUGAAGCGGUAUAUCCUCAUUGUUAACCAGUUUUUUUCAGAAGUCAGAAUAACGAUGGCUGUGUUGUUAAUAAUAGCUGUUUCGGAAUCAGGACAGAGCGGUGUUAGCUUGAUAGCUAGCUAAUAUCGGGCCGUGUUUGUAUGAAGCUGGCCUUGCUAAUUAGACAGCUAGCUUCCAGUUGGCAGCAGGCACUGAAAGCGGGCUAAACCGAGGUUAGCCAAACAAAGGAGGAUGGCAAGUUAUGUUAUCUAACUCGGAUCUAUAAAGAAGAGGACAAAUAUGAGGAACUCUCGAAGUGCUGGUGCCUCGUCACCUGUGAAUGGGAAAAAAGACUGGGACACCAGACGAAAGAGGAAGAUUGCGGACAUCACACAGGCCCUCAGUGUGAGUCCUGUGGAUGUGGCAGCUUUGAGGAGGAUGGCUAUCAGCGAAGGAGGUUUGCUGACUGAUGAGAUACGAUGUCAAGUCUGGCCUCGGCUCCUCAACGUCCCCUCUAGCAUCCUGGAUCAAGAGCCAGAAAAGGUAGAGCGGGAGAACAACAAGGACUACAACCAGGUGUUGCUUGAUGUCCAGCGCUCCUUACGGAGGUUUCCACCUGGUAUGCCGGAUGAGCAGAGAGAGGGUCUCCAGGAGGAGCUCAUCGACAUCAUCCUCCUCGUCCUCAAACGUAAUCCCCAGCUGCACUACUACCAAGGAUACCAUGACAUUGUCGUCACCUUCCUUCUGGUCCUGGGAGAGCGUCUUGCAACUGCUCUUGUGGAAAAGCUCUCCACCCAUCAUCUCAGGGACUUCAUGGAUCCUACCAUGGACAACACAAAACACAUUCUCAACUAUUUGAUGCCAAUCAUUGAGCGGGUUAAUCCUGAGGUGCAUGACUUCAUGCAACAGGCUGAGGUGGGUACAGUCUUCGCUCUCAGUUGGCUGAUUACCUGGUUUGGCCACGUCCUGUCAGACUUCCGCCAUGUUGUCCGGUUGUAUGACUUCUUCCUGGCAUGCCAUCCGUUGAUGCCCAUCUACUUUGCUGCUGUGAUUGUACUGUACAGAGAAGAGGAGGUGUUGGAUUGUGAAUGCGACAUGGCCAUGGUCCAUCACCUGCUGUCUCAGAUUCCUCAGGAUCUGCCCUAUGAGACCCUCAUCAGCAGAGCAGGAGAUCUCUUUGUCCAGUUCCCUCCUUCUGAACUGGCUAAAGAGGCCGCCUCACAUGAAAGCAUGGCAUCCUCUACCUUUAAGGACUUUGACCUCGCCUCCACCCAGCAGAGACCCGACUCUGUCCUACGUCGACGCCGCCGACAGAAACAGGCUGCACUGGAGAGCGCCGCUGCAGCGAGCGCAUCGGUGGCCGUAGCCCAACCUUCAGCAGCGCGGCGCUUCGUUCGACUGGCUAUGAUGGGGCUGACAGUGGCUUUGGGUGCAGCCGCUCUGGCUGUGGUCAACACCGCCCUGGAGUGGGCCCCCAAGCUGGACUUGUUCCCGUGAACUUCUAAUCCAUGACUGAAUCUACAUGAUGGGUCUGUUUCCAGGAACCCUUUAAUGAAUUAAACCACAAACCAUGCAGUCGAUUACACUGUAUGGAGGGUCGGCUCUGAACUGAACCAGUUAACGAUCCACUUCCCUCUUGCAGGAUGUACCCAAACCUCCUGCAGGGGCUCCUUUUUAUGACUCCUGAAGAGCGUGCACUGAUGUAAAAGUUACAACUGCUCGUGUCCUGAAAUGAAGAAUCCAUCCUGUUAGAAUAAGGAAUCUGUAUUUCUAAGAACUAUAACUGAUGGUGUUGUUAUUAAACUUUAUUUAUAUUUGGUUUUAGGAUAAUCGGAUAUCGAGUUUUGCUCACAGAGAUUUAUGCUGAAAGCUUGUUGGUAUCAUUACACUUGAAACUGCUGCCAAUUAGAAGCGCUAGAAUGAAUGCAUGAGUGUGCGCGCGUGUGUGUGUGCUUGGUUAUCUAUUUGUUACCUGGACUGAGACCAAAUAGGGGAAGAGCAACAGUCCUCUCUUUGUAUUUCUUGAUCAUAGUCAGUAAGCAGCCGUAGAGCGAUAUGGCCAUGAAACAAAGACACUUUAAAAAGAAAAAAAAAAGAGAUGACCUUUUAGAAUUUUUCCAUUGGAGUCAUUUAAAAAAAAAAGAAAAGAAAAAUCCUCUUCCAGUUAAGAAAACAGAAUCUUUCUUUGUGGGGCCAAGUUUGUUUAAAACUGUAGUCGCCUAUGACUACAUAUUUAUUCUGAAUCAUUAUUCGAGUCAGUGAAAGUUGACUGUAAGAAGUUUUUAACCAAAUGUUAGUGGUGUUAAUGAAGUGAACGCAAAAAAAUCUAGCCUCCUUAAGACUAGUUUUGUAUCUUGUACUCUUAAUUUGGAGAUAAGACCCCAGACUAAAGUACACCUUCUUCCACAAAGCUUGAAGUAAAAACAAUCCACCUGAUUGAAAUAUUCAUCCACCAUGUAACAUCACUAACUUCCUUAACCGUCGGGUUGCAUCGUGUCUGUGUUCCAUGUCCCCAAAUUUUUUCGUCACUUAUUUGAGCAUCUCUCCAUAAUUCAGCAACACUAACUUGAUCAAUGCUGACAGAAAAUAUCAAAGCUGGGGUGGAGUAUAGACCCAGUUUGCACUGACUGCAUCUACUUUUGCUAUAUCACUCUAAAUCCAGCAGAGUGGGGGCUUCCUAGUAUUGGAAAAAAAACACUCAAGCAUCCACACCUCUAUUUUCUAACACUUUUGUUUUCAACCGGAAUGAAGCUUUAUUUGUACACGUGUCACAUGGUUAACUCGACUGAAUUGAGAGUAGCAUUUCAAUUUCAGCUGCGGUUCAGCUCAUUCCAAUGUUCCAGUCAUUUCAAUCACGUGAAUAUAGGCGGUAUCGUGCCCACCUGCACAGCCGAGGAUUAUGGGAGAAGUAGUUUUUCAAAGCACUUCAUUCAUAGAUUUUUAAUUUUGGUUGCCUGUUGUCUUUUUUGGUGUAAUAGCUUAACAUAAAACUUCAAACUAUUCGAGGUUUGGGGCACUUGCAUUGUGCGGCACAAUUUAAUAACGUAUCAUUUCAAAUAAAAAACCCAAGACAUGGUCGUCCCAGUCCUUUAUCACAAUGAACUGGUCUAUUGCCUUCUUCGGUGAGUCGCUGGUGUACCUGAGAACUAUCAAAUGAAGGUGUUUUAUAACAUGUCCACACUCUGAGGUGCCUGAGAGCCCAGUUGUUGAGCAGUAUUGUCACGCACCAUGUAUCUGCACUCGGUGGUUUUCAUUUCUUUUCAUUGCACUAAAAGAUUUAUCUGCCUUUUAUGUUUAUUUUGUUAUAACAAAUCUGUCUUACUAAUGUAAAGUUGUACAAGAAAAUGUUAAUAAACUAGAGUCAAAAUGUC